GCGCCCAGCAGCACCGUUUAUUUGCACAGUGAGCGCGAGGGCAGAGCAUCUUCAGGACUCGUGGUCGACUCCGCACUGAUUACUUCAUUUAAUCAUUUUAUAUCUACAUGUCGAAUAAUAGCUAUUUUUUACAAUAUUUAAUUGUAUCUCGUUUUAUUGCUUCGAGGUCUGUUACGUGAAUACCUAACGCAAACUUCACAAGCGCAAACGGUCUCAUAAAUAUAUUUGUUAUUUAUUUAUUUAUUUAUUUUAUUAUUAUUGUUAUUUUUUUUUGCUUGAUACGACGUGCUGUUGACAAGAUGCCUCACGGAUACAUUUCGUAGUUGUGAAUUUCGCAGUUUUCUUAUCCUCCGGAAGUCGCGGUCAGUUUGGUGUACCUCUAGUAACUUCAGUUUAAAAGGCUCGAACACUGUGUCCAAGCUUUGGAAGAACAAGCAAAUGGAAACCCACAACUGCUGAGCUGUCGGUUCCCCCUCCUUCUUUUCCUCUCCUCCAGUUCCUCCUCUUCCUCUCCUUUUUACGUUCUCCCUCUCACUGAGAGCAGGAGAUGAGCUCAGAGGAAAAAAGUUCCACUAUGUCCCAGAAGAUCUCCUCUCCAUCUCACAGCAAUAGCAGUUCCUCCUCCAAACAUGACAGCAGACAGGACAGCUGGGAGAUCGUGGAGGGUUUGCGUGGUGGUCUUUCCAAUGUUCAGGAGCCAGAGAAGCAGGCUGGCUACAUGCUGAAGAAGAGAAAGUGGCCAAUGAAAGGCUGGCACAAGAGAUUCUUCUACUUGGACAAGGGCAUUUUGAAGUACGCCAAAUGCGCAGCUGAUGUCGAGAAAGGCAAGCUCCACGGCUGCAUUGACGUGGGACUGUCCGUCAUGGCCAUUAAAAAGAAAGCCAAGUGCAUUGAUCUGGAUGCUGAAGAAAACAUUUAUCACCUGAAGAUCAAGUCCCAGGAGCUGUUUGAUGAAUGGGUCUCUAAGCUGCGUCACCACAGACUUUACAGGCAGAAUGAGAUCGCCAUGUUCCCUCAUGAGAAAACGCUCUUCCACCCUCAUUACCCCCUCACCUCCUCCCCCACGAUACCUGACAGUCAGUCCAUCAGAAAGCGUGCCUCUCUUGCAAAGCAGUCCUCUCUCCACUCGCCGGUAUCUUUUACCAGUCAGGCCAAGGUGACCGCCUGGCUCCAGUCUUCUGAUGACAUGGACAGGUGCAGCAAAGAACUCUCAGUAUGUGAGGCUCAGCUGCUAGAACUGGAUCACUUGUUAAGAAGUAUGGAGGUGUUACACCGCACCUACUCCGCCCCAGCCAUCAACGCUCUGCAGGCUUCAACGUACGACAGCCCAAAAAAAGAGAAGAGACAUCCCAGAAAAUGGCGUCCCAAGAAUUACGGGAAAGACAACAAAACAACCCUGCAGGUUCCAAGCUGUAUAUCAGCAGGCUCUAUCCGUCUCCAUGCAUCCAAUCCCAACCUUUCUUCAGUAGACCUGACCAAUGAGAAGACUUACCAUGAACCUCUAGACUCGCCUAUAGAUGUGUCCAAACUGCAGGAAGACUUCUGCCGUGUCGCAAACAACCUUCAUACAACCAUGAAAUCAGCCCUGUGCAUGUUGACGACAGAGAAAGAGAGACUUAAACAGAUGCUGGAGCACGAGUCUUGUCCUGCCCCCUCGGCCCAGCUCCUGGGACUGAAGAAUACCUUGGCUGCUGCUGUAACACAGAACGCUGAGCUACGAGAGCGUCUGUGCAAGAUUCACGCCGAGUCGCACAUCUCUGAUCCCUCUGUCCAUAUAAACCUCAGCCCUGGCCCCCUGCAGAAGCAAGACUCCAGUGAUGGUUCCCGUCCUCUUGUCCACCAGGUGUCUAAUGAGAGCAGGGCUUCCAUCACAGAGUCUCUAUCAGAGUUCUUUGAUGCACAGGAAGUGCUGCUGUCAGCUAGUUCUUCAGAAAAUGAGCCUUCGGAAGAUGACUCAUAUAUCAGUGACAUCAGUGACAACGUGUCUAUGGAUAACUACAGCAACGAGGUGGAGAAUGAGAGACUUACAGCUUGUGUAGAGAACGGUGGUUCUCAGGAACAGCGGCGGUCUCGUCUUCCCUCCCCCAGUCCCAACACCAGCAACAUCAGCCUGUGGAACAUCCUGAAGAACAACAUCGGGAAGGACUUGUCUAAAGUAGCCAUGCCUGUUCAACUCAACGAACCGCUCAACACACUGCAGAGACUGUGUGAGGAACUGGAGUACAGCGAACUGCUGGACAAGGCUGCACACACACAGGACCCGUUUGAGCGCAUGGUGUACAUCGCUACAUUUGCUGUGUCCGGCUAUGCUUCAAGUUACUACAGAGCUGGAGGAAAACCCUUUAAUCCAGUGUUGGGUGAGACCUACGAGUGUGAUCGUCCAGACAAAGGCUUUCGUUUUGUGGCGGAGCAGGUCAGCCAUCACCCCCCCAUUUCUGCCUGUCAUGCCGAAUCUAAAAACUUCAUCUUUUGGCAAGACGUGAGGUGGAGGAAUAAGUUUUGGGGAAAGUCAAUGGAGAUUGUACCUGUAGGAACUUCUCAUGUGGUUCUUCCUGGCAUUGGAGCUGUUAUUUUUCCUGGAAACAGCAGACUGGGGCAGCGAGGCGUUGAAGUUGUCAGUGACAACAGCAGCCAGUUACUCAGCAGCACACAUUGUAAUGACAUAUGAUGACGGACUGUCUGUGCCGAGUGGGUUGUGGCGCUUCCACUGUUCUACAGGUUUUACAGAUCCUGUGAAUGGAGCUCAGUGUCCUCCACCAAACUCAGCUUAUAAUGAAAAGUUACAAUGCGUUAUAGUUUUGGUGAUUUACUGUUGUUUUGUUUUGGAAAUUUGUCUGCAACAAGUACUUGGGGUCUGAACAGUAAAUACCAUCAAAUGAAUAUUAGUGGAGGCUAAAUGGGUUUUUCAGUAAAUAGUGCCAAGAUCUAGAUUAGGGCAGCUGAUGAUGUGCACUAUAAAACUGAUCACAGCUCUCUGGAAUACUUCAUUCUGAUUGGUCGAUUAUUGCAUUCUGUGUUCUAAUAGCCUUUGUAUAAUGACUUCUGAACUGUAUAAUUGACAUUUGUUGUCCCAGGCAUCUGAUUCUUAAAUAGUUUCCAUGUCUCUCGUAUCACUCCAAGCUCUCUUCUUUCUCGCAUAAUAAAAUAAGUUCACUCAAAUCAACAUUUCAUUCCUGAUUAUUUAUUUACAAGUAGCCAUAAAAGAGGAAAACAGAGUCAGCUGGUCAUUCAUGCAAAAUAUUCUGGGCUAUCUUAGACUCCGCCAGUUCGUGUUUUGGGUCCUGAUCACCCUGUCAAGGUUAGCCAGGAAUAUAUUUAAAGGGGUGGUUUACUGCUUUUUUUCUUUGCUUGUUUGUUUUCAUGGGGUGCAAUAUAACAUGUCUUCGUGUUUCGUUUGUUAAAAAACGCCUUAUUUUUCAUAUAUUUCACCUUUAUUGUAAGCCGCUUUCUCCUCUGUCAUUUGAACGACCGGUUGACUUCCUGAUUCUCUGAAACCACUCCCUCAGAAACAGGCAAUGGGCUCAGAUUGGUUAGUUGGGCCGGUGUGUUGUGAUUGGCUAAACUGCGUACUGCACAUUGUCCGGAAACGUCACGCCCAUUACCUUCACGGGCGACAGUUGCAUGUGCUCGGUCAAAUGUAAAUAAUGGUGUCAAUAUUGCCGUAUCAGUUUGAGCCAGAAUCAGACCCAGAAAGUGGUAAUGAAGAGAGUCAAGCAGAACUUCCGUAAGCACGGCUCUUACAAACGUUUCUGAAUGGAAGUUUGCUGUUGUGAUUACAUAUCAAUUUUUGAAGUUUGUACACGUUUGUCUUAUACACACAAAAUAGCAUCGAACUAACUGGCUACUAUAACCAAACAGUGUUGGCUUGUGUUUACGUUCUUGAUCAAAUCGAAAAAUUACGUCAUAAAGUAUACAUGGAAAAUACAUUUACAAAAUUAGUACAUAAUUACAAAUUCGGGUCCAAAAUGUUUGUACGCGUUUGUCAAAGACACACGAAAUAGCAUUUAACUAACUGGCUACUAAAGCCAGUGUUGGCAUUUGUUUACGUCCUUGAUAAAACUAAAACAUUACGUCUGAAAUUAUACAUGCAAAUACAUUUAAAAUUAUGAAAUCUUACUUACAGGUUGUGGCCCAACAACUGCUGCCUCUGGUUUUAAAGUUGGAACCGCUGCAUGUUUUAGUAAUAGUUUCUGUGUGAAUCCGGCAUUGAACUCGUGUAGAUUCUGGAAGCUGUCUUCCGUAGAGAGCUGAAUUAGGAUUGUAAUUGUCAGGAACAUAAUCAAACAUAAAUUUUAACCAUUGUUGACGAACUACAGCGUCCGUAGGAAGCCCGCACACAGAAGACCUGACAGCUGGGUGAAAAUAACACCGUUUCGAUGGCAUGACUACAACUCUCCACUAUAACUCUUCCUCUUCGACAAAGCCGCAGAACAUGGCCUUGCCCCCUUUUUUGCAUGUUCCGGAGGGAGGGGUUGAUGGGUUUUUUACGUAUGCAACCCGGGAAGUAUCUCGUAGUCCCAUAGGAGUCGUUUUUGUAGGCAUUAAACUUCCUGAUUUUUAAAAGACGAUAUCUCCGCUUAUGUUGAACUUUCAGCGCCUCAACUUUGCAGAUACUGUUCAUGCACCAACAGCAACAUUACACACUAUUUAAAAUGAAAAAAGUGAAAUCGCAGUAAACCACCCCUUUAACAUAAGUCAGCAACGCUGGAAUUUGAUCAAAAAUAUGUAGUAAAUACAAUUUAAAAUAACUGUUUUCUAUUUGAAUAUAUUUUAAAAUGUAAUUUAUUCCUGUGGUGGCGAAGCUGAAUUUUCAGCAUCAUUACUCCAGUCUUCAGUGUCACAUGAUCCUUCCGAUAUGCAGAUUUGCAUAUUAAAAGUUCAAAAGAACAGCAUUUAUUUCAAAUAGAAAUUUAGGUGUAACAGUGUAAACACCUUUAUUUUCAUUUUUGAUUGCAUCUUUGCUGAAUAAAAGUGUACAUUUCUUUUAAAAACAAUUUUACCGACCCAAAACUUUUGAGUAGUAGCAUAAAUAUCCUAAACAUAAAUACAAUAAAAGCAAAUGAGACAUACAAAAAUUUGCUGCUAUUAUUUGAAAAAUUAUUUUAGAUAUGUUUACUUAAAAGCUUUUUUUUUUAAAUUGUGGAUUUUAUUUAUAGACAUACAGAAGUUAACUAACACUAAUAACUAACACUUCUGUUAAUCAGAUAAUCUAGCAUGAUUAUCAUCCAAUAUUCUCAGAAUGACAAAAUACUGGCCUAAAUAUGUAUGUACACUCACACGUUCCUCUCAC